AAAGCUAGGACGAGCCGAUGCCUCCUACCCUCGAAUUUCGAGGAACGCCUCAGAAUGGAUUUUUAAAACUACCCAGACAACGAACCAGCCCACCACCGGUCAGUUCAGUUGCGAGAAAGAAAUCUGGCGGAUCGAGACAUCGGAACGGUCGUGAUUAGAGUCAAAAUAUUCAAGUUUAGUGCGGUCCGAAAGAAAACAACUCGUGAAAUCUGUAUUUUCGUUUUCAAACUGAUGAAGUGUGAAUUACUAAAACAAAUUUCCAGCAACUAAUCAGCCUGGAGAGUGGGUUUAUCUCAGUGAUUCCAUCAUUUCGUUUUAAAUAGUGUGUAAACAAAUACGAACGAAUUUUCGUUUGAAUCAAGCAAAAAUUUUCUUGAAUUACAAACUUUUUCACGGUUUGGGGCUAUUGUGCGAAGGGGAAUAAUCCUAGUGUUUUGGGAUCCGAAUUAAUCUCUUGGAAUUGAAAUAAAUUGAAAUUUGAUUCUAAAGCAAAGUUACAAGGGUUUUGAACUCUUGUGUUUUAGUAAAUUAUCGUGUCAGUGUUCUCGAAUGUGACGGAUCAGAUGAGGAAACGGUCGCCGAAAAUAGUCAGGAUGCAGUCACCGUCAGACGUGACAAUUUUGACACUUUGCCUCGUAUUUCUUUGGCUAUCUGGGAUGAAAAAUGUUGCGAGCCUAUCAAGCUCGAGUAAUCAUAACAGUGGUUUGUACGUGGACAACGGUCAGGAUCAAACGAUGAUUUAUCGGCUGUCCACGCAGAAGGAGAAAGUCGCACUGGAGCAUGAGAUCUUGAAGCUUUUGGGGCUCCCGGACAAGCCGAAAAAAUUGACAGGAAAAGCUCCGGUGGUAAAGAGAUCGGCGCCGAAUUUUUUGCUGAAUAUAUACGAGAAUUCUCUAGAGGACGAAAAAAAGAAGACGAAAGUGAACGAGAGCAGAGGGGCGCAGGAGUUUUAUCUCUCAAGAAAUGACCUGGAGACCAUCAACCAGAGCGACUCGAUCGUGACGUUUUCGGCACAACAGAAGCACCAAGGAGCCGGUGGCAAGCCUGACAGGGUCAAAAGAAUAUGGUUCAACGUCGACGCCGCCCCGAAAGAUGAGCGAAUGACGUCAGCGGAGCUGAGGCUCUAUCGAGGAUCCGAUGCUAAAAAUCGUAAAAAUCGUGGCUCUUUUACAAUCACGGUUUAUCGGGUGACCUACUCGAGCGAGCGGGAACGCGCGAUGCAAUUUGUCGACACGAUAAACACGACCUCGGGUCAGGAAGGAUGGAUUACACUGAACGUGACCGAGUCUCUGGAUCAUUGGAUGAAAAAUCCCGAGGACAACAAAGGUCUUUACUUGUCGGUUUAUCCGAGCGAUCAUUCGUCUCACGAAACGAGACCCGAAGACAUUGGAAUCGUGGGCUUCAAGGGUGACGCCGAGCGACAACCCUUCAUGACGGGCUUCUUCGAAAACACCGGGCUCAGCCAGUUACGGAUUUACAAUCGACCGAACCUCGACGAUGCGGAAACCGAUUUCAUUCAUAAUCGGAAAAGGGAGACUUCCAACGUGCUUGAUUUAUUGACAGAUUACUACAACCAUAUGGCUUCCUCUCACUCGAACAAACCCUGCACUAUAAAUACUCUCUACGUCAGCUUCAAAGACCUCCAAUGGCAGGAUUGGAUAAUCGCCCCGGAAGGGUACGACGCUUAUUAUUGUGGCGGCGAAUGCAAGUUUCCCCUUACUGACAACAUGAACGCCACUAAUCACGCCAUUGUUCAAACCCUCGCCCAUCUUGCCCGACCCACUAUUCCAAAAGCCUGCUGCACUCCAAGCAAAUUGGCAACUAUAUCUCUUCUCUAUUUUCACGAUGACGAUAACGUUGUUCUCAAAAAAUACAAAAACAUGGCUGUUCGCGAAUGCGGCUGUCAUUGACAGUUCAACUUACUUGAUCUACUCUUCACUCUUUUUUGGUCCUUUUCUACGACGCAGUUCAAAUUCGAUUUAAUUAUUUAACUGUACGUAAAAUGAACUGACAAUGAGGUUAACUUUGAAUCGACGUUUGAUGAAACAGUCGUUACUGUUUGACUCCAGAAUUCUUUGACAAAGAUAUUUUAUUUCAGUGAAAUGACUCAAUGUGACAAAAAACGUGAAUCUGGUGCAGUGUUGGAUUUAAUCCAUAAAUUAGUAAUGUGUCCAAGUUUAUUAUUAUUUUGAUUGAGGUUGUACAUAUUGUAAGUGUUAAAAAUUUUAAUAAUUGGCAAAAAAACGAAAAUAGCCAAUUUAUUCAAAGAAAAUUUCGUUCGAAUUUCAUUGAAAAUUCAUGCCAAAGGUAGAGAUUGAAGCCUCAUUUUAUGUGAUGUUAUGUAUUAUUUUUAAUAAAUGAAACGCCGCUGAAAAAAUUGGUUUGGAAAAUAAA